ACGAGUGUUUAAGGUUUAUUUUAACCCAUUUUUUCGUUUUUGUACUCGAUCCGGUCAAGCUCCUAAGUCGGCUACCGUACAACUGCUUCCGGGGAGCCGGUGAGCCUGUUGCAGGCUAGCAGGGAAACGGUCGCUGCAGGGAAGCACGGCGGCGUAGACUAGACUAGACGGUACGGGCCAAUUUGUCGUUUUCGGCGGCUGUAUCGGGCACUGCGAUGGAUGCGGACCAUGUGCGACCUACCGUUGAAGUUGUGCUGCCUGUAAGCAGCAUCAACGCGUUCGUGAACAAGGCCCACGAAACAUCCCGGCUGUUGCUCGAGGGCGAACGAGUUCUUGAAGCGGGACAUGUCUUCUCCUGCAGUAUCAAGAAGGUGGAUAAGGACUGCUACACGUUCAUUGGAUUCGUCCUCCAGACGUCGGCACUGACUUCGGACCCGCACGAGCUGGAGAUGGCACUGAAUGGAAGAAACGUCGGUGACACAUCGUGCUCCUGCAAAGCAGGGAACUACAAGUGUAAGCACGUUGUGGCAAUGUUGCUACACAUCAACGCCAAGAGGAACUUCAACGUACUGGCGUCCACAGACUUGCCACAAAAGUGGGGGAAGGGGCAGAAGAGAGCGGUCGGGGAGAAGUAUGCUCCGAGGAAGAUCGUCAACCUCCCGGGUCUUGAAAAAGUUGAAGGGGAUCCGGUCCUGCUUCCUAAAGGCGAUAUCCUGGGACGACUACUGCUACUGGAGGGACUGACUUAUAGGUCAGCUGCCCUGCGGCACACCGAAGAAAUCCGUCCUCUUGAGAUAUCAACCGCCCCCACCGCAGCUGAGGAGCCCCCUGUCCCCGGACUGCCCACACUUACGCGACUGAUUGCCACAACUGCUGCUCCCAGCUUCGAUGCUUUUGUGGAGGAGAUAAGGGCCACCUUCUCUGCAGACGUCUGUGCGGUAAUCGAGGAGAGGACGAGGGAACAGUCGCUAUCUGAGGACUGGUUGCGCCAGAGGAUAGGCAUGGCAACAAGUGCAGUCUGCCAUUCCUUCAAAACAAGGGCAGCGAAGUGCGAGAUAGAGCAAAUGCCGCACAACAUGGGGCCUUUGUUGAAGGCGGUCCUCCGCACGAGCACAUACCAGUCUGCAGCAAUGCAGCGCGGGCUGAGCAUGGAAGGCACUGCGCGGGACAAGUAUGUCUCGGUUGUGAAGUCGAGGGGCCACACAUGCACUGUGGAAGACAGGGGCCUAUUGAUUUGGAACGAGUUUCCUGUGAUGGGCUGUAGCGUGGAUGGGCUCGUUACUUUCACCUGCGCCUGCUGCAAGGGUGAGAAGCGUAUUUUAGAAAUCAAGUGCCUCAACACGGUGAAAAAAGCUUUCUCAAAGGACAAGCCGACGCCCCUGUUCUACACACAGGUUCAGGUCCAGAUGGGGAUAAUGAAUAUUCCAGUGUGUGACUUUUUCGUCUACAAGAGUCCAGAGGACUGGAGGGCACUUACCGUGCCAUUUGAUGCUGCACAUUUCCUUAAAUGUUCGGCUGCAGUGCACACCCUGUACGACAAGUACAUUUUUGACACGCUGAAGAAUCUGGCAUGUUCAUACUCGUGGUAGUGGGCCCCAAAAAGGGCCAGUGUGGUAACAUUAGAUAUGCAUUUGAAGCCAGCAAAUAAACAAAAGGAUGGCAACAAGCACGUGCUAAUACAUUCAUUUAUUACAGUAUGCAUGACAUCAAAUUUGCAAAAUUAAAUUGGCAUAGAAACAUA